GUUGCUUCGAAUUGGACGUGAGGAGCGCUUGAGCACUCAUGGGAAUCUGAAAUUGCUGGCACAAUCACAGCUCAUUCAAAUUUUCGAUUGCAAACGAAUUAUACGAAGAUUACAGUUACAAUGCGGCGUACUAUAUCAACUAAAAUGGAUGCUUCAACGCGUGGAUUACGAUUUUAUUGGCUGUUUGGAUUAUGCUGUUUUCUCAUAGGAACAGCACCUACCACAGCUCAAAGCAAGCGUGCUUCACGUGUCAGCAACUCCCGCAGCUUUGUAUCAAACCCCAAGCAGGCCAGCACGGAUGUCCUUAGCUUUGACUGUCCCGAAGAAUUCGGCUACUAUCCACAUCCGACGGACUGCACCCAGUACUAUGUGUGUGUCUUUGGAGGCGCCCUGUUGGAAAGCUGUACAGGAGGGUUAAUGUAUUCACAUGAGUUGCAAACUUGUGACUGGCCACGUAACGUAGGCUGCGAAAUCGAAAAUGGUGGUGCAGUCACUUCUACGCAGGGGGGUCUGAGUAGCACGGGACGUAGUAAGCAACAGCAACAUCAGCACGUCCCGAGUCGAGUGCGCUUUGGCGCCGCCUUCACCGGCCCUGGGUCAACAACACAGAGGGCACAGGCAGCGGCUAACCAAUAUCAUCGAGCACCGCCACAGGUCAUACAGGCACAAGUACAACACAUUCAACCACCGCCAGAACUACGGGUUUCACCAAAUCCAGUUAUAACUUCACGAGGACAGCCCAAACCCUUGCUUGACUCUGAAGAAGACAUUGCUAAGCUGUAUGCCGAUGCUCACGAAACUCUGCCGCCGGUCGAGGAAGAGGAAAGUGAUCGCCAGCAACGUGUCUAUCGCGGUCAGCCCAGUACCGUCAGCCAGGUGCAAAGGGAUCGAGAUGGUAUAAUUCAUCAGGCUAGCAUCAAUGCCAUACCGAACCACGGAAAAAUUGGCUCUUAUGCUUUUGGUACAGCUUAUAGAAAUGAGCCACCUUCACCGUCAUCAUCAUUGGCGCCAACGCCUGCUAACAUCUUUGUACAGCCCACGUCAAAAGCAUCACCCCCACCAAUUCCACAACGUCCCGCCAAGGUUAUAAGCGAACAGUUAGCUUCAAGUCGUAACUAUUACAAUGCAUCAACAUUAAAUAAUGGGGGUGGCUACCAACAAUCACAACAGACGCAGCUACAGCAGCCAACACCUUUUCAACAAGCACAACAGACACACGCCGCAUCAAGUUCUUAUGAUACAUCAUAUUACUCUGUCUAUGACGACGAUCUCGAUUUGUAUAGGGACAUUGAGUAUCAGCAGCAGCAACAGCAACAACAACAACAACAGCAGCAACAACAGCAGCAGCAGCAGCAACAACAGCAGCAACAGCAAACCCAGUCACAACAGCCAUAUCAGACAGCCAUUCGUCAAUCUACAUACCGUCCAUUGGAACUCAUAACAACGCCGGCACCAUCACAUCUAAACCGACAGCCGCAGACUCACCACGAUGCUUAUAAGCCGGAGAACCCUACCUAUAGCGGUCGGCCAGCUUUGGGCUACAAUACGGACUAUGAUGAGGAUCUAAUAGCACAGAUCGAACAAGAUAAUGCCUAUGAUCAGCCAACACGCACGCCUCAGAGACCAGAACAAGUCACCAUUCAAACGCUUGAUUCGUAUGACGCGCGCUCCUCCACGCCACGUUCAAUGUCAGCACACGAUAUACGCGACUACUAUAAUACACUGACAACACAAAGUACCGUUGGAAAUUUGGAUGAAGCCGACUACAGCUACACCAGCUCAGCAGAAUAUGCCGACAGCUUGGCAGAAAACUACUAUGAGGGAGAACGCAAGGCUCUUACCAGUCCCUCGCCCGUAUUGGCAGUCACGGAUUCGGGUAACAUCAGCUUAAACAAGAGGAACCUAACGAAUCCUUCCUCUGCUAUAACCUUAAGUCCAACUAAACUGGCCACGCGAGUACGCGCAGAGAGUGCUAAACCUACUACACUGACCGUCAACAGUACAGCAAGGACUAUUACAACAACAAAAACAGGAAGACAACCGCCAACAACGACCACUACAACAAAGCCCCCAAGAACCACUCCCGCCUUAUCCCAUACAUAUAACACGAAUCCCUUCCUAAAACCAAAACUCCAAAUGUUGGUCAAUUCCCUUGUCAGUGUUGUAGCUCAAAGCACAACUACCAGCUACGCAAAAGUACAAAACCAACCUCCUACAGUGAACGUAACGACACAGAGAUCUUUGGUAGGCGACGGGGACAGGUCAGUAAAUAGUCAGGAGGAGUCUACAGAAACCAUUUAUGAUGAAAGUAAAAAGGUAUCUGUGCAAACGGAGGCCGAAAAGCCUAAUAGUCGCUCAUUUGAGACAAGCACUGCGCCCAAGUUCUUAGACUUCAUUAAUGCUGCCGCAUAUGCUACAAGUCCGCAUGCGAAUUUAAUUCACGCACCUGCAGAGAAAACGAAAGCACUUAGCUCAUCAUUAGAUCCACAAAAUCACUAUCGGCACAAUAUCGAUGAAAAGGAAAACGGGCCCACUUCAAAUGAAGAAGACCAGCAACGUAAGCGCAUACAAAGCUUUGUCCUAUCGGAACUAGAACCGCAAAGCUUUAAGGCACCGCCAAGCACUACGACUCUGGCUCUACCUCCUGUUGAGCUAUUGUAUAGCUCCAGUACCACUCGACCCAAGAAAGCCUACCAAUAUAGCUUACAAAGUGGAGCACAUGGCUUUAGCUUACGUGCUGAGCCGGGUACAAAGGAUUGGGAAAAUACGUUGGAGGUUAGCGCUAGCACAGAGUCUUUGAUAACGAAGACAACAGAGUUUCGAGGAACAACUGGCGCCAGUACAAAAACCACAAAACCACACCUAGGUUCUGCUUACAUAGACAAUGAGGGGUUUUUGGACAUUUUGCCAACAACAUUUGCGCCCCCCUUGCGCAUUUGGCGCAAUGGUCGUCCAACGAUACAACAGCUAUUAAAAAAAACAAAUGAUCAGCAAAACCAAAUACGUACAAGUACGACUAAAUCUUCGUUCCCUGAAGCCAAGGAACACGUGGAUCCCAUACAAAGCUUUACUGCACGCGCAACUCUUUUCAAGGACAAUCUGAGCCGUGUGACCGCCAAUCCAGGAAUACAUUUCGUUUCGCCUUAUAAGAGUCUUGAAAAUUUGCUGCAAGAGGAACGCCAGUCACAUAACAUUCCUCGCACUACAGCCAAAUCGCGAAUGUUGGGUGGACCAGCGGUUCCACUACUUCUUCAGACUACUGCUAAGCCCUUUAAAAACUAUUUCCCAGUUGCCAUUCCAACGAAAAACACAAGCCAAUCCCUUUUAGCUACAAUGUCGACGAGUAAUCCGCGAAACUUUAGCGUUAGCGAUGCCAUCCUCAGUACAUUUAGUCCACAGCGCCCCGUUACCUCGCCAAAUAUGUUUCGAACGACAUCUACAAUCCCCACGACUACCAGCACAACGGAGACGCCACAAAUAAUGUCUACUGUGGUAGCCACGUUGCCCAUGAUCAUAUCUCAGACACCUUUUCAAUCCCGAGGCCGCUCACGAUACACUGCAGCCACCCUAAACAACCUACUAGAUGGUUUUGAGGAGCCAACUACUUUUGCACCAAAAUUCAAACUACCAAAUCGGUAUGUGUCAACUGGUGCCCCACCGAGCUUAUAUCCUAGACGAAAGCGUGUUCGUGUAUCGGCUGCACAAAAUCAAAAGAAGGCUCUAACUCAGGGGUCCUUGGCAUAUAAAUCAGCAUCAAAAAUUACAAAUUCGUCCAAUACCUUUGGCACUUCAGUGCCUGCAACGAUAGUUGUGCCAAAGUCUAUAAAUCGUAAACCAAUUGAAAAUGAAGCCACAGUUCCUGAUAAGCCGCACUCCGAAGCCCUAAUAGCUCCUCAAACGUUUGACACAAAGCAACACAACAGUGUAGAAGAGGGCCCUGCUGUGAAAGGAGUGAUUUUUGAAGAAUCUACUUUCACUGAACCUGUGGUAGCCAGCACAGAACGCCCGCCAAUUAAGUACCUUUAUUCAAAUAAAUACCGGCAGCAAACAGUAGAGCGAACCCUAGCCGAGAGCUUACAGAAUGCAGGAUACCUAACCAAGGGCAACGGCCGAUCACAGAAGUUUCAAACCGCUAAUGUGCUUGAGCAGCUACAACAGUUCUUAUCCGGCGAUAGCAGCAGUGACGAAAGUGAUUCGCCGCAAUUUGUUAAUAAUUUUUCCGUUCCGGAAAUUAAAGCCGCUGUUGAAGAGAUCAAGCAGCUGUUCGACCCUCAUAAAAAGAGUAAAGUUACGAAGCCACAUACAACCACGCAAGCAUCAAUAAGUGCCACAACUAGCGUGUCUAAUGUACCUAUUAAACACGUAUCCAACAUAUCCAAACCUUUCGCUUACUCCUCCACUUUAAGUUUACCAAUUAUAAAUCCCAAUACAAAUACAAUAUCCAGUACCACAAUCCCCACAAAGUUCUCACCCCAAGGUAGUACCGCUAGAAUCUCUGCCAACUCAACUAGCAGUAUCAGCGCCACACCUACUGCGUACACUUUGUUACCCACGCGAGCUUCAAGAGUAAACAAUGCCAUCAAAACGUCGAUUGCCGCUGUUGCCCAACAAUCCAAUGGCCCUAGCUCCGCCCAUAUUUCUAAUUAUCAGUCCCAAACGCUGAUGGGCAAUCCUAAUAAAUUCCAAAAUGGCCUCAGCCCAUACAAUAGCAACAACCAGCACCAAGACCACGACAAAGCGGGUGUCAUCAUCGCCGCCGCCUCCAUCUCGGGCAAGUGCUCCGACAGUACGCCCAGCACCAAAUGCAACGAAAUCCCCUCGAGAAACAACAAUAGAAACCGGGGCAGUGCCUUAUAUGCGAACCAGGAGCGCGAUAUUGUGCCCACUGCCAACAGAGGCACACAUCCACCCCGUACACGACCCACACUCAAGCCGUCUGGUACAAUUGUUUCGAAGGCUCAAGAAUUUGUCGAUAUAUACAGAUAUCCACCAUUACGUCCGGAACCUCUCUAUCCCCAGCCAACCCCCGAUAAGACAGCUGCCAAAUGUCGCAAAGAUGUGUGCUUACUGCCGGACUGCUAUUGCGGUGGCAAGGAUAUACCUGGCGAGCUUCCAGCGGAAAAUGUACCACAAAUUGUCCUUUUGACCUUCGAUGAUUCUGUAAAUGACUUGAACAAGCAAUUGUACACGGAUUUAUUCGAAAAAGGUCGUGUAAACCCCAACGGCUGCCCAAUUACAGCCACAUUUUACGUAUCCCAUGAAUGGACUGAUUACAGUCAGGUGCAAAAUCUGUAUGCCGACGGACACGAAAUGGCCUCCCACACAGUUUCUCAUAGUUUUGGCGAGCAAUUUUCCCAAAAGAAAUGGACACGCGAAGUAGCAGGCCAGCGGGAGAUUCUCGCGGCGUAUGGUGGCGUAAAGCUUUCGGAUGUGAGGGGAAUGCGAGCACCUUUCCUCUCCGUAGGGGGGAAUAAAAUGUACAAAAUGUUGUACGAUUCCAACUUUACCUACGAUUCCUCGAUGCCAGUAUAUGAAAACCGUCCGCCAUCAUGGCCAUACACCCUGGACUAUAAGAUCUUUCACGACUGCAUGAUACCACCGUGUCCCACUCGUAGCUAUCCCGGGGUUUGGCAAGUACCGAUGGUUAUGUGGGUCGACUUAAAGGGCGGACGAUGUUCAAUGGGGGACGCAUGCUCGAAUCCUAGUGAUGCAGAGGAUGUGACAAAGAUGAUAAUGAAGAAUUUCGAACGCCAUUAUACGACUAAUAGAGCACCAUUUGGCCUAUUUUAUCACGCAGCCUGGUUUACCCAACCACAUCAUAAAGAAGGUUUCAUCAAGUUCCUUGAUGCCAUAAACGCCAUGCCAGACGUUUGGAUUAUUACUAAUUGGCAGGCUUUACAAUGGGUGCGCGAUCCAACGCCGAUAUCCCGCAUUAACUCCUUCCAACCAUUUCAAUGCGAUUAUUCGGAUCGGCCCAGACGGUGUAAUAAUCCAAAAGUCUGUAACCUUUGGCACAAAUCUGGUGUGCGGUAUAUGAAAACAUGUCAGCCGUGUCCUGAUAUCUACCCCUGGACUGGAAAGACGGGUAUUCGUUCUUCGCGCAUUGACACCGCAGAAGUUGAAGAAUCGGCGGCGUAAAUGUUCCGAAUACGAGCCUGAGCUACUUAUUGCUAAAUGUAAUGCAAAUCACGAUAAUCGAAACCAUUUAACGCCCUUUCCAAAUGUGUAAUUGUCGUCAUUGAAAGCCCAAAAUGCGGUAUUCACUCGUUUAUUCACAUACACAUACAUAUACAUAUUUUAGUUAAUUCUUAUAGAUAAUGUGAGAAUUAUUUAUUCCCAUACACAUACAUACUUGUAUACUUGUACAUUCCUAAACGCAGCAAAUUGCACAUAUUAGAAAAUUUCAUAAUACACCAAUACACUACAUGCAUUAAACCAUGCUGCAGUCGCGCAUAGGAACAUCAAAAUUUCAUAAUAAUAAUAAGCAUAAUGUAGGUAUUUCCUAAAGCUGUUCUUGUCUGAGAGCAAGUACCGGGUAAUUAUCCACUUACAAUCUGCCCUUAUGACAAACGCUCAGCACGUCACUUAGUAUUAGGGUUAAGAGAAAUUUAAAAUUAAUUUGUGAUAAAUAAUUAGAUUAUAUGCAUCUGAAUUUUUAAAGAUAUCAGCUUACGGCCGAAUUUCCUUUGGUUCUCACAUAACUGUUGUGGGUGCCUUUACACUUUUCACAUAUAUUUAUUUUACAUUGAGAUAUCUAUAUUUUUCUACCAUUCAGGAGCUGAAAGCUCGAGUAAUUUGUGCAGCAACGUAGUUAUGUAGUUAUUACUUCCUGUAUACAUGCAUAUACAUCUCGCUCAAGUCUAUCUUCUGAUCCUUUGAAUGUGAUGUAUAUAAAUACAUAAUACUUAUAAAAACACGGUAUACGCAUUUAGUUAGAUACAUAAAAUAUUUUAUUUGAAAAUGAUAACACCCAUCGUGUUUUUAUACUCAACCGAAUAAAAUGUAGAAACGAACGUCAGAUCCCUUACUCAGUGAAAUUUUUACGAGUAUAAGUAUUAGGUUUGUGCGAUGUAUGUCAAAGAAG